AAAGGAUAAACUUCUGGAUUAGAGUCAGAGGCCUCCCGAUACACAUGUUGAAGAAGGAAGUGGUGGAGUCUCUUCUCGGUCCUCUAGGGAAAGUUGAGAAAGUAGAGCUGCACGCAAAGAACUCUACAUCCCUGGAGUACAUUAGAGCUUCGGUUACUAUCAACACUGAAGAGCCUCUCCAAUUUCGAAGCAUAGAAAGACUUAAAUCAGGGAUGACGUACCCUACAGAGCUGGAAUAUGAGAAACUAAUUAAAGUCUGCUAUGGAUGUAAGCGGUUGACGCACGAUCAGACAAGAUGCCCAUUUCAAAUACUAGAGAGGGAGGAAGCGAAGAGACUGACGAAGGAUAGGAGUAAGAAGACAUGUCUGAAGGAAAAACUCCUGGAGAAAGAGAUAAGAGCUAAGGAGAGCUUGAAGAGAUCAACUUCGAAAGGAGUUGAAAUUCGGAACCCCCCGACGGCAACCAACCUUAGAGGGGGGAAAAAGAAAGCAACUGGUAAUCUAAAGGAGGAUACAGGGAAAGGAAAGCGAAUUGUGGCGACCCCCCGGGUGAUAUGGAGACAGAAAGCUGAUGUGUGUGGUUCGGGGAAGACAAAGAGCACGGAGGAAUCCACAGCGCACCCUCGCGGAUCAGGAGAUCAUAGUGGAGUUAAAAGUGUAUCCGGAGGAAGAGGAGGAGUAGGGAAGUCACUGGACUCCAAUGAAACUGAUUCGGUUUUCAACAGAUUGGGAAGACCUGACGAGGAAUGGGGAUCAAAGGGAAGCAGAGGUAGGAGAACUGCUCGAGAGCCUGCAGAGGACCUUCGAUGGAGGAUUAGUGGAAUGUCCUCAGGAGAGAAAAACGAUGGAAAAUCUAGCAAAGGAAGUCGUAGCCCGCCAUCGGUGUUUAAUCGACUAGGGGGACACACCCAUAUAGCGGAGGGAUCCCAGACAUCGAAAAGAAGAAGGCAAGAGGGUAGCGAUGAGAGGAAUGCAAAGAAGGCAAGAACAGGAUCAUCUGAGAAGAAGAAGAAAGAAUCUCCAUCGGUGUUCAUGCGGUUAGGAGGAGUAGUGAGAGGACCUGAAACUGAUAACACCGGUGAAGCGCAUCAUUCUGCUCUAGUAGCAGUAUCUACUCCAAUACAUUCUGCCCGUAUGGCAGCAAACAGUCCGGCUCUUUCUGUCCGUAGGAUAGCAUUGGGCAGUGGCUCCUCAGUAAAAGAAGGGUUGAUGGGUAAUACCAACCCUUCGAGAUCAAUAUGA